AAAAACAUCAGAGGAGAAGUCAAGUUCACGUCAGCCAUUCGGUCCAUCAUCCAAGAUCACAAUCCUGACGUUUUCAUCGAACUUGGUGCCUCCGCUACGCUGUUGUCGUCCGUCAGCCAAACACUCAAGCAUGAAAGCUGCCCAAUAAAAGUCACCGUGCCAUGUGGACAACGUCAGCAAAACGACCACAAAUGCAUGCUACGUGCCUUGGCCACAUUGUACGUGAAUGGGGUGGACAUCGACUGGACAAAUGUAACUCAGGACGCAGCUGAAUGGACGCCUGCCCCAACAUACGCCUGGCAGCACCAACGACAUUGGCAAGAGGCCGAAUCCUCGCGGAAAAGGAGGCUGGGUCUCGAAGAUCGCACCUUCAAGGGACAAAACGGGCACAUCACCCUUGAGAAGUUCCCCUUCCUUGCAGAUCACGUAGUGAACGACAGCGUGGUGUUUCCUGGGGCGGGAUAUAUUGAAUACAUGGUGCAGAUGGCUGUAGAUAGCUCUGAGAACCCAACACUGCAGGACAUUCAGUUUAAAAACGUCCUUGUUUGGCCAGACGCUAGUGACCUCAACAAAACUAGCGCCACCAUCCAGCUGACGUACACAAAGGAGGGAAGGAAGCUAGAGGUAGCCACAGACAGAGUACACGCUGGGUGUCAGCUCACUCAACCUAGCAAUGUCAACUCUGAGAGUGUUCUGGACACGACGACUACAGGGGCCAUGGAAAAGAUCACGGGUCAGAAUUUUUACGAAAGAUUCAGUGACUUGGGACUGAUGUACGGCCCCGAGUUUCAGGUCGUGAACGAGGCCUUCGUGGGCGACUGGAAAGCCAUUGGCUUCCUGAAGCCAGCAACGGAUGCGCAGCAAAGAGUCCAAACUACAACACUGGAUGGGUGCUUUCAGGUUGCCCUCGCUGCCAUAGGACCCUGCUCAACUCUAUAUCUCCCCACUCAGAUCACCACAUUCAGCAUGCUUGUACCCUCCCUACCACUCGGGGAACACAUGGUAGUACAUGCCACAGUUGUCUCCCGUUCCAGCAUGUCAGUCAAGGCCAACAUAACACUGGCGACAGUCCAGGGGAACAUCCUUGCGCAAAUCGACGGCUUCGAAGCGACAAAUGUUUCCGGUAUCAACUCUGACGUCGACACAGACAGCUGCUUGUAUGAAACAAGAUGGCAGCCUGUCAUCUCUCCUCUGCCGGAAACAAGUAUCUUCUGCGACCUGUUCAAAGACGAACAUCUACAGAAACAGUACAGCGAUGAAAUGGAGAUGAUAGAAGCAGCAGAGAAAGCCCUGCCUAACCUCAAACGUCUAGCUUUAUCCUACGUUCAACUCGCGUUGGAUACUGUUCCAGACGCCGAGGUCAGCCCAAGAAACAAGAGGUACAUAGAGAGGCUCAGAACCGUCAUCGACGACGUGGAUAAGACCGCAUUUGACACGAUGUCACUAGAUGAGAUCCACAAGUCCCUGGAUGAGAUGAGAAAAGACGUACCGGCGAUGAGGCUCGAGUUCAGCAUGCUGCAGCGCCUUGGGGACAUUCUGCCGACCAUUCUCCGUGACCCCUCAGCUGCCCUGCCGAUUCUCUUUGCCGCCGACUGCCUAGCUGACUACUUCAUGGACUCACUGACAACAAGACUGUACUACCGAGCUUGCACUGAUGCCAUAGAACAAGCCGUGAAGACCGCACUCGAACGGAAACAAACUGUUCGCAUUCUUGAAGUCGGAGGUCGUAUGGGGGGACUGGCGCGCUACCUACUGAAACCUCUCAAAAGCCAAGGAGAUGCGGGGCACAUUGAGUACGUCUUCACCGACCUGAACACAACCUUCUUUGCACAUGCCAGCCAAGUCCUUGAAGAUUACGCUUUUGUCAAGUAUCAACAGCUCGACAUCGAGAAAGCGGUGGAGCCACAGGACUUCAUCCCAGGAACGUUUGACAUCGUCGUCUGCAUGGACACCCUUCACUCGGCGGUGGACGUGAUGGAAGGCUUGAAGAACAUGCAAAGUCUUCUCUGUCCCGGUGGCUGGCUUGUCAUGUUCGAAGCGACAAACGCUUUCUACAUGUGCGAGGUUGUGUUUGGAUCAUUGGAGCUUUGUUGGGUGUAUGAUGAUGACUACAGGAUGGACACAUGUUGGCUCUCCAGGGAAGGGUGGAGCAACCUAUUUGAAGAUGGAGGAAUGCACGAUGUUGUGAGUGUGUCAUCACCUCAGGAGUUUUUCCAUUCUAUCACCAUCGGUAGGAAACCCACGCCCUUACAACAAGCAGCUCCUGCUAUUUUGCAAACUAAUGACAGCCAACAGUGGCUUCUCGUGGGGCCCCCUGACAGCCCCCUUAUCAACACAGUUCAGAGGCUGCUACCCGACAACACAAUGGUACGUUCCAUCGGUGACAGGAUCGACAUUCCCAACAAUGGCCCUCCCUUGCGAGUUGUGUACGUCUGGCCAGAAGACGACAAGUCCCUGGUACACGCCCGGUCCCUAACCAACGCCCUGUACCAGGCGUCCGAGAGAGUUCAGGACAUGUGGGUUUUCACAGUAAGUGGCAGUGUUGAGUGUGCCUGUCCGACAGCAUCUGCCGCCACGGGCUUCUUCCGAGUUGUAAACAACGAGAUCAGAGACCUCCCAAUCUACACAGUAGAUCUACCGUCAGACAUUCUGAACGGCUUGACGGACGUGGUUGAGACCUUGCUGAAGUCUGACCCACCGACCGAGAGGGAGCUAUCCAUCCGUAACGGCGAAGUCCUGACCCCAAGGCUCGUGAAGGCGUCCAUCUCAGACGGCAUCAGCACGUCGCCCUCCGGAAGCUGGGCUCUGGAUAUCGCUCCUGGGAAGACAGGAACAUUGGAUGACAUGGCGUUCUACGGGCAGGCAUCCACAUCUCUGUCAGACAACGGAGUCAAAGUCAAAGUUCAUGCAGCCGGCUUGAAUUUCAAAGAUGUAAUGAUGGCUCUGAGUCUUCUGGAAGGGCUCAAGUUGCAAACACAGUUUGGCCUGGAAUGUUCAGGAACAGUCGUGGAAGUCGGUAAUGAUGUGAAGAGGAUCAAAGUUGGAGACGAGGUCAUCGCCUUUGGUGACCACUGCUUCGCGUCACACGUGACUUGUGACGAGCACUUUGUCAUGGCCAAACCUCCACACACCAGUUGGACGGAUGCAGCUGGGUUCAGCAUGGUGUACAUCACUGCGUACUACGCCUUGAUCGAGAGAGCACGGCUACAAGAAGGGCAGACACUGCUGAUACACUCUGCCUGUGGUGGGGUGGGACAAGCAGCCAUACAAGUGGCAGGCAUGGUGGGGGCCCGUGUGUUCUGUACGGCCGGAUCUGAAGAGAAGCGCAACUACCUACGGCAGAUGGGAAUGACACACGUGUCUGACUCCAGGUCUACCCAGUUCUACCAUGACGUCAUGGAAUGGACAGAUGGCGAAGGAGUAGAUGUCGUCCUCAGCUCCUUGUACGGUGAACUGCAAACUGCCACCAUGAAGUCUCUAAAACCCGGAGGCACGUUCUGCGAAAUCGGGAAACGCUCCAUUCUCGAAGGCGUAGGCAUGGACAUGGGGCCACUGUUGAACAACAAGACGUUUCUGUCUGUUCAGCUAGAUCUGCUGAUGAAGGAGAGACCGAAGUACGUCCGAAAGAUGAUGGAGACAAUCUGCUCUCUUCUGGAGAAAAGACAUAUCUCUCCUGUGCUGACGACAGUUAAAACUAUUGACGACUACAAGGAGACGUUUCGGUGGAUGUCAAAGGGCCAACAUGUCGGCAAGGUUGUCUUUGAGAUGCCAGUCAAGUUUGAACCGGAGAGCUUGGUGCCAUCUUCUCACAUUCUAGAGGAAAACGGUACUUACCUCAUCACUGGCGGGUUUGGAGGGGUUGGACAAUCCCUGGCCCGUUGGCUGGUAGACCAUGGAGCAAAGCACAUUGCCCUCCUGUCCAGAAAUGGGUGCAAAACAGCUGAAAAUGUUCACACUGUCGAGUACAUGGAGUCCAAAGGUGGAAAGGUGUACACGUACGAAGCGGACGUGUCAAACAAGACAUCGUUGACAAACGUGCUGAACCAUCUCAGAGCCGACCCCUCGCUUCCUGCGCUGAAAGGCAUCUUCCAUCUCGCUGCUGUCAUUGAUGAUGCCAAUGUGUUGGACGUGAAGGACAGUCAACUGGAAAAGUCACUAGCAGCGAAGGCGUGGGGAGCCCUCCACCUGCACGAGCUGACACAGGACGAUGACCUGGACAUCUUCUUCCUGCUGUCAUCUGUCACUGCCGCCUGGGGGAAUCCAGAGCAAUGUGGGUAUGUGGCGGCCAACAGCAUCCUGGAUGCUCUCGCUGAACACCGACACCGGCGGGGACUUCCAGCACUGUCUCUCCAGCUUGGAGCCGUCAGAGGUGUGGGGAUCCUGGAAGGCAACACUAAAGCAGCCAAAAUCGUCACAGGGAAGGGUAUGCUGACUCUCCACAUUGACGAGUGCCUCCAGAUGCUGCCACGCCUGCUACAGGCCAGGGACACUCCUGUUGUCACAUUAGCCAAUAUGGAUUGGGCCAAAUGCAUGCAGUUCUCCUACCCGACGAGCAUGAAGUUCCGUCAUCUUGCAGCUGGAAAGAACAAGGAGAAGUCCGUUGACGCUGACUUGAACGAAGACGACCUACGCGAGCAGGUUCUGGAGCAGCUGGGACAGAUCCUCUGCAUGCCGCCCAGCCAGAUCGACCCCGACCAGCCCAUGAUCAACUACGGCGUGGACUCCCUGAUGGCCGUGGACAUUGUCAACUGGAUGAACAAGAACUUCGACCUCAGCGUGUCCCAACUGGACAUCUUGGGCGGGAUGACAACGACCACGCUAGUAGGGAAAGCUGUAGUUGGGGAGGUAGCACUUCCCUUGCGCAAGUAAUGACCACGAGGGGGUCAGCGUAGGAUGGUUAACCCGAACCUGUACCAUUAGCUGCUAACGCUACGAUUUUUAAGAUCAUGGUCUGACAUACAUGUACCCGAAUGCGAGCUAGACAAACAACUCAAAACCACUCAAUGUUGUCUUGGGAUAGGUAUAUACUUCUUUUCUUUUGCGAUGUCUCAGGAACAGUACCGUUUUUAAAGUUUGGACAACGUCUGUUUUUAUGCAAUUUUAUCAUGUAAAUGAUACUGCUUCUUCUUUUUGCCUUGAAUCUAGUUUUAAUAGAGUCGUAAUAAGUACAAAUGUGUGGUGAUAUAUGGUACUUCAGUAGUAGCAGUUUGUUUCUGCUAUGGAUAAAGGGCUAUGGAUGAAAGCUGGUUCUGUCCUGCCCUGCCCUGUUUAGCUAUGUUAACGUUAUAAAAUGUCUAUCUAUGUAUGUAUGUAAUUGAUUAAGCUUAUACUCGUGACAUUUUAAAAACGACAAUUAUUUAUACUAUUAAUACUUUUAGUCGAUUCAUACUAUGUUAUAUUCAAGAUGUACAUCUUGCUGGCCAGUAAAAGGCAUUCUUAAUAUAUUUUGUAUCAAAAUAUUUUGUAUGACUCAUAUAUACUCGUAUAAACCAAGCCAGUAUAGUCACCAGUUAAACACGGAAACAUAUCCUUUGUUUUUUUUGAUGCAAGACUUUCAUUAUUUAAAUCCUAUUAUUGUUGCAUAGUCUCAUACUAGUAAUGUAAAGAAUCUCACGCAAGCUUUAGUGUUGAUGAUCAGCCAUACACUACCCUCACUACCCCCCCCCCCCCCAAUGCCAUUUGCAAUGUAUAAUAAAGCACAAAGGAUCGAGCUGAUACAUAGGGAAUACCACAUUUGCGCCAGGCAUGCCUGUGCGUUUUUAUAUACUCGUAGUAGACGGUGGGACAAGUACACCUUCUUUUUUCAGUGUAGUUUUUUUUAUGACCUAAAGAAUAAAAGUAGAUGAUGAACUCACA